AUGACGACGCUUCCAGCGCAGGCGGUAGCGGUGGACAAUAUGGAUCCACGACUACCGCCCUACCAUCCCACAAACCUGCGAAAACAGGUGCACUUAGCCCUUGAUCCUUCGUUCUCGGUCAAGAGCUACAUUGGCGCCGCCGCUACACUGCUGGAUAAGGCACAGAUGGCCGAUGCACAAGGUCACCUGGAGGCCGCUUUUGUACACUACCUAACCACUGCGAGUGUCGCCUCGUUUGUGCCCAAACAUGCCGAGUGGGCCGAGGUGAAGCAGCAGCGUGGCGCGACAUUUCUUGCAUACCAGGAGCUGAUGAACCGUACACCUGACAUUGUACAGCGGGCACAGGCUAUUGAAAAAGAGCUUCUAGCGCGUGCCGAGUCAGACAUGGCAGAGGCUACUACGUCGUCGAUGCAGACCUUGGCCAUCACAUCACGCGAGACCUCGGCGUCGUCUACUCCUUCGCGUCAGAGCGAAGAGUCCAUACGGUCGCACUCGGCAGAGAUGGCAAGAACACGCUCAUCUUCCCCGUCGAAAACACCCGCAUCACUCGUGCCAGGCCGCCCACGAAAACCGCCACCUCCCCUGCCACCUUCGGCAGGAACGACUCGCGUAGCCCCGCCGGUCGGCGAGGUUCUUUCUGUCGAGGACGUAUGGACAUUGAUGUACCCAGGCUUUGACAAGUCGGUGGAUCAGAGCGGGCGCGAACUCUUGCAAAAGCGGGCGAGCUGUUCCGUGUUGCUUAUCGAUGUACGCUCACGCGCCGAACAUGAGGCCGGCCACAUCCGGGGAGCAGAUACGAUCUGUAUCGAUCCUGCGUUGCUUCGUGCGCCACCUGUGCCGUUCACGGAAGUGCAAGCGGCGCUCCCGCCUAAGGAGGCAGAGUUCUGUGCCAAGUGCAGCCAGUACGAUCUGUUGGUUCUGUACGACCAACAAACACGUACAUGGCCUACGCCGGGCACAGCGACGCCGGAGCAGGUGACGCUGAUGACCAUUCAGGACAUGCUGGAACGUGAAAAACUCCCACCGCCUGCGCUCUUGCGUGGUGGCUUUGCGUCCUGGGCCAGGCAGGUCGGUGACUGUGGCGUAAUCGCCAACCGACCGCCUUCUCUGGCACCGUCGGGCCAGGCAGCUCCACGACCGCGACCUACAGCGCCGUCUCCGGUACAUUCGACCCCUACGCCCAGUCCGCCACCACGCGCAUACGUGCCCGGCCGCCAGGCUCCCGCCUCGAUCUCGCCGCCGUCCUCGCAAUCACAGCCACGCUUUGCGUACCCGACGAUGGCACCGACGCAGUCCUCCGCCGCAUCAGUACCGACACUGAUGCCGCCACCGGUGUCGGUACCGCCGCCACGGACGCCUGCGUCGUUGGUCGCAGGGAGCGGUGCUAUGACUCCGCGCACUAUACCCUCGCCCCGCGCGCGUGAGCCCAAAGUCGGCUUGUCCGGCUUGAAAAAUAUGGGGCAGACAUGCUAUAUGAACGCGACCAUGCAGUGCCUCAGUGCAUCCACGAUCUUGUCGCAGUAUAUGCUGGAUGGAUCUUUCCAGAAAGCCAUCAAUACACAGAAUCCACUGGGCACGCAGGGCGCUGUGGCCAAAGCGGUAGCAUCGUUGCUGCGUACGUUGUGGUCUGAGCAAUAUGCGGCUGUGACGCCCAGUACGUUUCGGCAAGUCAUGGGCCGCGUGGCGCCCAUGUUCCGUGGGAAUGAGCAGCAGGAUAGCCAGGAGUUUCUCGUGAUGCUCCUGGACGGCUUACACGAAGACUUGAAUCUGGUGCUACAACGACCGCCCAUGCAAGAGCUCGGCGAGGCGCAGCAGGCAGCGAUUGAUCGAUUGCCACAGCAGCUGGCGAGCGUCGUUGAAUGGAGCAUGUACCGCCAGCGGAACGACAGCAUCAUCGUACAUUCGUUUCAAGGGCAGCUGCGGAAUCAGCUAGCGUGCCUUACCUGCGGCCAUACGUCCACCACGUACAAUGCCUUCAUGUCGCUUUCGCUGCCCAUUCCCCAGGGGCGUGGAAUCUCGCAGGUGCGAUUGCUUCAAUGCCUCGACUCGUUUGUCCAAGAAGAGGUGCUGGAGAAAGCCAAUGCAUGGCACUGCCCAAAGUGCAAGAAACCCCGGCGGUCGACCAAGCGGCUAAGUCUCGCACGUCUGCCGCCUAUUUUGAUUGUACACUUGAAGCGAUUCAUGCACCGUGGUUCUGUCACAAAGAAGAUCGAGACGCCCGUCACAUUCCCAAUCGAUGGCUUGGACCUGACAAACUAUAUGCCGCCACCUCUGCCGCCAGGUACGUCGGUGCGAGGUGUGCCUGUGAGCGAGAGUCAGCGCCCGCCGUACCUCUACGAUUUGUACGCUGUAACACACCAUUUCGGCACGCUCAGCUCCGGGCACUAUACGGCCUCGAUUCGUACACAGGGCACAUGGUACUACUGUGACGAUAGUGUGAUUUCGCAGAGCGAUGCGCAAUUGCGCACAGCCUCGCCGUAUGUCCUAUUCUACCGCCGCCGCAUGUCGUAG